GCCUGGCGCAAUGGCGGCCAACAGGUCCGGCCAGCGGGUGGUAGUGGCGAAGCUGCUGCUGCUGCUGUUGCUGCCCCUGCUCGUCACACUCGGAACGGAUGCAACCCGCCAGCUACCGACCGUUGUGCAGAGCGAGAAUUCACACGACAGCGAUCUAGUGUUUGAAGAUGACAGACCUAAUGUUGAUCGGCUGGACAUGGAGAAUCAGCGAAACCUCCGGUGGUCGAUGUCAGCGCAGUCCAAGCCCGCGCUCGAACCCUCCGAUGUUUCGCCCGUCUUCGAGGGGCCACUCGGCAGCGAUGAGCUGUCCUACGUGUCCGACGAUGUCCGUGAACAGGACGACGGCGACUACGACGAAGACGAGAACGAGGAGGACUUUGAAGAUGAGCGCGAGAACGAGCUGUCCUCGCCCGGGGACGAACAGGAGCAGAGCUGGUUGAUGCGUAGCGUAAAACGCAUCAAGCGCAGCUUCGACAGCCUGUGGAUUGAUUCGAAAUCUAGCCAAGGUGGUGACGACACCGAACGGGUGCACAGCAACGGAACCAAGCAGGGCAAACACAAGAAGAAAGCAAAAGGCGACGGAAAGCCCGGAAAAGCGAAAGGCAGCAAGCAUCUAACAAAGGAAGAACGCCAGCGCAGACGGGAGCAGAAGGAAGCAAAAUCUAACAUUGCCACACAGGAACUGGCGGGCGGUUUAGGAACCGGCUCCAAACCUCACGAACGUCUGAUCCCGGCGGUAGCUCAAAACUCAAUUUCGUCGAGCACGGAUAAAGAAUUCAAGUUCAGUGCAAGUCGGCUGAAGCGGCAUUUUGACGAUGGUCCCAUCGACAACGAGGGCAGUGGUUUCGAUGGAUCCGGUGAGCCAGGAACGGGCGACGAGAGCUGGACCUACUACAAAAUGACGAUCACGCUGGACGAACCGUUCAGUAACAGCAUGCGCGAUCCGCACAAAAAUGCCGCGAUGCUGUCGGAAGUGAAGGCAAUCGUCAAGCGGCUGAUCGACGAUGCGCUGCGGACUGACUUUGUGGUGACAGCGAAACGAUUCGACCCGUACCCAUCCGACAAUCGAUUGACGCUAAUAACGCUAGAACUGAAUGCACCGAAGGAUUUUAAUUUGGACGAAAUGGAGGACCGAAUCAGAGCCCAGCUUCAAAACGGCCCCUAUCAGCUGCGCGCCGAUGGUCUUUCGUUGGUGCUAGCCGAUGAAGCCGGCGUAGGGUCCGAUCGUCCUAACUCGAUCACGGAAGAGACCAUCCUCGAUCCGUUCCCAGAUCGUACGCACUCCAGCAGCGGUGGUUUCGCAAACGAGGAUGAGGAGGAAGAAGAUGAAGAGGAAUAUGCUGAAGAAGAUGUCACUGAUCGGCCAUCCCGCACAGAAUCGCCGACUACGAAGAAGACUACCGUGAAGGGGCGCGUGUUAGAUUUUGACGACGACGAUGCGAACGGUGACCAAGAUCACCGUAUCCCUGGCAGAUUCCCCGUCUUCAGAGAACCAGGCCGUCCUCUCUUCAGAGAACCAGUCCAUGCUCCAUCGCAAGAUUUGUGCCGCGGUGACGAUAAAGUUCCUUGUGGCCAGUCCUCCGUGUAUAUAUGCGCGGUACAAUGGUGCGACAAUACUCCGGACUGUCCGAACGGCGAGGACGAAAACCCCGACGAGUGCCCCCCGAAAAGUUGUGCAAAGGAUGAAUUUCUCUGCGAUGGAGCUACAUGCAUUCCGCUUUCCAAGAGGUGCGACGGUGAGUUUGAUUGCGGCGAUGACCAGGAUGAAGCAAACUGUGAUAAAAAGGAAUGCCGCAACAACGAGUACACUUGUGCGGACGGUAGCUGCAUCAGCGAGUCCCAUCGCUGUGACGGAUAUGAUCACUGCCCGGAUGGUGACGACGAACUCGACUGCACAACGGAUUACCCUGCGUGCGAUGAAACGAGCGAAUUCCACUGCCAGAUCGAUGGAUCCUGCAUCCCAAAAAAUGCCGUCUGCGACAACCACGUGGACUGCACGGAUGGUGCGGACGAACGAGGAUGCGGAGACCCCCCGCGCCCGUGCUCGAUCCGCGAGUUCGAGUGCCGGUGGGACAAGCGGUGUAUACCGAUCGAGAAAAAAUGCGAUAAGGUGUAUGACUGUGAAGACCGAACCGACGAGCAAGUUUGCGACUGCACCGAGCACGAGUUCCGUUGCGGAAACGGAUACUGCAUUCCGUUCGUCCAGCGCUGCGAUCGCGUGCACCACUGUAACGACCGCUCGGAUGAGUUGGGAUGCGACUAUGCAAAUCAACGAUGCAGCAAGCACGAGUACCAAUGUGGUAAUGGAAAUUGCAUUCCCAAGGAUGACAUGUGCAAUGGAAUCGACGAUUGUGAUGAUAAUACCGACGAAACGGAUCCAUCUUGCGAAGAGUACAUCCAAUCGAACUGCGAAUCGGACGAGUAUACCUGUUACAAUGGUGAAUGCAUACCGUACUCAAAAGUAUGUGACAAUCAUCCCGAUUGCUCGGACAACACCGACGAAAUGUCCUGCGAACAUACCCCACCGUUCAAAUCGCUGAGCCGAUGUGGCCAGGGCCAGUUCGAAUGUAACGACGGCAUAUGCAUUGCGGAUUACAAGCACUGUAACGGCAUCGUUGACUGCCACGAUGAAUCCGACGAGACUGGCUGCAACUCUGAUGAGUGCAGUGCGAACGAGUUCUCGUGCGAUGGCCAGUGCUAUGAGCUGCGGGUGUACUGCAACGGCAUCGCCGAUUGUGCCGAUGGCAAGGACGAACAGAACUGCAUCACCUGCCACGGUGGUGCCUUCCAUUGCAAGAGUAAUCAGUGCAUCCUGCCGGAGAACCGUUGCGACGGAGAGGCGCAUUGUAGCGACGGUAGUGACGAACAUGGCUGUAACAACAAUACGAGCUGCAAUCGGGGCGAGUGGCAGUGCAGAAACGGCAUUUGCAUAAACAGUGAUUUCCGGUGCGAUGGGUCGAGCGAUUGCACUGACAACUCGGACGAGGAGGACUGCGAGAAUGAAGUACGGCCCAGUGAGCGCUGCCGGGACGAUGAAUUCUAUUGCGAUGGCCGGUGCGUCGAUGGCGAUAGGCGAUGCGAUGGAAGGCAGGAUUGCCACGACGGAACGGAUGAGCACGACUGCCCAAUGUCCCCGGAGGAACUUGAGCGUUGUCCGGAGCUUGAGUGUCCCGAUGGUAGCUGCUUCCUGCAUUCGCAACGUUGCAACGGCCGACGAGACUGCGCGGAUGGGUACGAUGAGCAAAGCUGUCCUUGCCGAUCGAACGAAUUCACCUGCGGAGACGGCCUGUGCAUCCCGAACUAUCAACUGUGUGACAGGCGUCAGGACUGUGCCGAUGGAUCGGACGAACGAAACUGUUCCUGCGCGAGGAACGAGUUCCAAUGCAGUACGGGCAAGUGUAUUGAUGAGAGCCGGCGCUGCGAUCAUCGGAUCGACUGUUCCGACGGUUCGGACGAAAGAGAUUGCAGGCCAGCGUCCUGUAGACCUAACGAAUGGAUGUGCCAAAGUGGCCAGUGCAUCCGGCUCGACCAGCGAUGCAAUCGCCGGUACGAUUGUCGGGAUGGUAGUGAUGAGUCGAGCUGCUACAGCUGCGGUCCAAACAAGUUCCGAUGUGAGAAUGGUCCUUGCAUUGCAAUGACGAUGAAAUGUAACGGCCGGGUUGACUGCCCGUACGAUACUAGCGAUGAACUCGAUUGUACUGAAGAAUUCCAGAAUGCGCCCCCACCGCCGUUCGAUCAGCCGCGACUGAACCUCAAAACCUACCCAGAUGAACAAACGAUCAAGGAGAAGGAAAUUUUGGAGGGCAAUGAAGUGGUCUUCCAGUGUCGCGACGAAGGUCCAAUGCACGCCAAAGUUAAAUGGGCCCGUCCCAAUGGUCAACCUCUGCCUCCCGGCACGCGUGACUUAAACGGACGACUGGAGAUACCGAACAUUCGGAUCGAUCACAAUGGAGAGUACAUCUGCGAAGCUGUUGGAUAUCCAAAGUCGACGCCCGGAAGUAGCAAACUGGUCCACCUGAGUGUUGAACGAUACAACUACCAACGGCCACCAACAGCGUGUGCGGUGAACGAAGCCACCUGCAUGAACGGAGACUGUAUCCUGAAGUCACAGAUCUGCGAUGGCAACCGAGACUGUUCUGAUGGGUCCGACGAGACCGGUUGCACGCCGCAUCCGUGCGAACCGAACCAAUUCAAGUGCCGCAACAGCAAGUGCGUACUCAAGACGUGGCUGUGUGAUGGCGAACAGGAUUGUGGAGACGGUUCGGACGAGGAAAACUGUGCCACCCUAUCCCCGAACGCUCCAUGCCGGUACGACGAGUUCCAGUGCCGGUCGGGCCAGUGCAUCCCUAAAUCAUUUCAGUGCGACACGCACCCGGACUGUAUGGACAAGUCGGACGAGGUUGGCUGCAUGGCCCCAUCGGUGAUAAAGCCGCCUCCUCCGUCACUAACAAUACCCGCUGGUGGUGUCCUGAACAUCACGUGCCAUUCAACGGGCGUUCCCGUUCCGUUGAUCGUCUGGCGCUUGAACUGGGGCCAUGUACCGGAAAAGUGCCAAUCGUACAAUGACCAGGGUUUCGGUCGGCUAACUUGCCCGGAUAUGCAACCGAUCGACUCUGGUGCGUACUCGUGCGAAAUCAUCAAUACGAUUGAUACGCUGUUUGUGUCACCGGACACAAUCGUCAUCGUAGCGGGUAGCGGUCCCGUCUGCCAGCAGGGUUUCUUCAACAACAAGGCCGUCAAUCCGACUGAUUGCAUUAACUGUUUCUGCUUCGGUGUUUCAACCACCUGUAGCAGUGCCGAUCUGUACACGUACGCUCUCAAGCCUCCGGUGUCAUCGCUAACGAUCGUCGGUGUCGAAGGACCGUGGUCCGGGCGAAGGGAGCUCAUGGUAGGCGAGUUCGAGAACCAUAACCUCACCGCCCAGCGCCAUGGUGUCCAGCUGCGCCUAACGAAUCUCGUUCCGGGACGACGUGUCCCGUACUAUUCGCUACCGGAAGAAUACAAGGGCAACCAGCUGAAAUCGUACGGUGGAUCAAUUCGCUACGACGUGGAGUACGAUGGCUCCGGGCGUCCUAUUAAUGCGCCCGACGUGAUCCUGAAAGGAAAUGGUAUGACCCUGUUUCACUGGCACAAGGGUUCGUUCCGUCCGGACAUCAAGAACCACGUUUCGGUUAGUUUACUCCCGAACAAUUGGGUGCAAACGGAUCGAUCACCGGCUAGCCGUGAGGACAUCAUGAUGGCAUUGGCCAACAUCGACAGCAUCCUGAUACGCAUGCAGUACGUGGACGGUAUCGAACGCAACAUCGAGCUUGUCAACAUUAUGAUGGAUUCGGCAGCGCAGGACGACCGCGGACUAGGAUCGGCCUCACUCGUCGAGCAGUGCCGCUGCCCACCGGGCUAUCGAGGAUUGUCCUGCGAGAGCUGUGACUACGACUACGUGCGCCAGAGCAGCGGUCCCUGGUUGGGCCGUUGUGUGCCACGAGCGGAAGAAUGCCGUCCCGGGUACUACGGUGACCCGAACCGAGGCAUUCCUUGCUCCCCAUGCCCGUGUCCGCAAGCUGGCGAUAAGUCACGUGCUCGUACCUGCUAUCUUGACAGCCGGGACAACGUGGUUUGCAAGUGCGACCGCGGAUACGCCGGCGAACGGUGCAUGGAGUGUGAUGUGGGCUACGUCGGUAAUCCGCUCGGUGAGGGAUGCUUCCCACGCCCGGUGUCCAACUGUAACUCUCUCGGAACGGAUCGCGUAUUGCCGGACGGUCGGUGCUACUGCAAACUGGGCAUUGAUGGGCAGUACUGCGAUCGGUGUGCUAACCACCACUUCCAUAUGAACGAGAACGGCUGCGUCGGAUGUUUCUGCAUGGGCGUAACGAACCAGUGCAGCAGUACGACCUGGACGCGUGACACUAUCCAGGCGUCAUUUGUCGAUGGUCGAUCGGGUUUCUCGUUGAUCUCGGACUACACCAACCCGUCGGUCGUUGCAAAUGCGUUGCCAGUUUCAAAUAGAGAGAUAGUGUACCGCAACUUUGGGGCGAACGACGAAACCUUCUACUGGAGGCUUCCAACACAGUUCUUGGGCAAUAAGUUGACCUCGUUUGGAGGGCAUUUGAAUUACACGCUGCGCUACACUCCUCAUUCUUCGGGAGGUGUUUCGCGCAACAACUCUCCAGAUGUCGUGCUGCACAGUGGCAAUAAGAUCAAGCUACACCAUUAUCGUGCCAGUCCCAUCUCGCCGUUUGGUUCCAGCACCCACGCAGUCCCGAUUGUGGAGAGUUUCUGGCAAAACUAUGAGGACGGUAACACUGUCAACAGGGAGUAUCUGCUUAUGGCACUAGCGAACGUUAGUGAUAUCUUCAUCAAGGCAACUUACAACACCGUUUCCAAUGAGGCCGCCCUAUCACACGUCAGUUUGGACAUUGCUCGGGACAGCCCGUACGGUACUGGCGUACGAGCCUGGCCGGUUGAGCAGUGCCAGUGCCCCACGGGACAUAUUGGGUUGUCUUGCGAGGACUGUGCACCCGGUUACUUCAAGGGCGAUUAUGGUCUGUAUCUCGGUCUAUGUGAACCCUGCUCGUGUAAUGGCCAUUCAGAGGAAUGCGAUUCACAAACUGGCGAUUGUUUGAACUGCCGGGACAAUACGUACGGACCCAAUUGCGAGCUUUGCCGGCCACCAUACGUGGGCAACGCGACCGUCGGUACGCCGUACGACUGUACGCUCAGCGAACCGGAUCAGGCUUUCGACUGCCGGGAGUGUGACGUGCGUGGCUUUACUGGGCGCUGUCAACGAGGCUGCGAGUGUAAACAGCUGGUCGAAGGACGUCGCUGCGAUCAGUGCCGAGAAGGCUCGUUUGGUUUGGGUGUGCGCCAAGACACCGGUUGCCUGGAAUGCUUCUGUUCUGGUGUGACGAAGUCAUGUGGCAGCUCGAACUUGUACCGUGAAGAGCUGCCGGUUAUCGUGGAUACGUUUGACAAUAAGGUUACGCUUACCGAUCGCAAUGGUCGAGUGCUUGUGAACGACAACUUAUAUGUCAACCCGGGCAUCAACGAGAUCAGCUACACGUUCCGCGAUCGGGAGACAUACUACUGGAGUCUCCCGUAUGUGGUGCUUGGCAACCAGAUCCGAUCUUACGGUGCCAAUCUUUCGCUAACGCAGCACGUCGAAGGUGGCCGAACGCUUCCCGAUCAGGACAUCAUGCUUAUCGGCAAUGGCUUGAAGCUAGCGUGGUCCCGCAGCUACUACGAUGACGGAACCUUCACCGUACCACUGGUCGAACGCGACUGGACUGUAGUCAACCGAAGGACCUCCUAUCCGGCCUCUCGAAACGAUAUGCUUACCGUACUGUCCAAUCUCGAGCACAUUCUGAUCCGUGCGACCACAAAGGAGUCGACUCGGUUGUCGCGCUUGAGCGACAUUGCACUGGGAACGGCCAUUCCCACACGCUCGAUCUACGGCAUGGCCGAGGAAGUUGAAAUGUGCCGCUGUCCUCCGGGAUAUCGUGGUUUAAGCUGCGAGGAAUGUGAGGACCUGCAUUAUAGGGAUAUAUACGACCGUUCGGCCGGUUUGGGAGUUUGCAAACCGUGUCCGUGUAGUCACGAAAAUGCCGAAUCUUGCCAGAUGAGCGAUCGUGGCGUCGUGACGUGCAACUGCAGGGAAGGUUACAGUGGCGACAACUGUGACAACAGUAAACCUGCUAACAAUAUGGCCCCCACCAGGGUUAAAUGCAUGAACAACGCGUUCGUACUAGAAUCGUCAAACGGUAACCACGACUUUUACCAGAAAUGCGAUAACGACGGCUUGGAAAUUGGUGUGAUGGUCAAGAGCAAGCGAUCGAACGAAGAAAACGACACACCUCCCAUUGUACCACCCCGAGACCCAGUAAUUGAGGUGGUCAUCAAUGUUCCCACCAUCAAGAUUGUCGAGAUUGGUGACGAGUUCCGGGCCGAUUGCCAAGCACACCACGUAGUAUCAAAGAUCCCGAUUGAUGUCCAAUGGACCAGAGUUAACGGUCGGUUGCCGGAGCGCGCAUACACGGAUCGUGGAACGUUGAUCAUAACCAACGUGCAAAUUACCGACGGUGGCUCGUACGUCUGCAAGGCCGGUAGCGGAGCCGAUCUGGUACGCAAGGAAGUCACGAUCAGUGUUACCGCACAAACGCCCGUUAAACCGACGGUGCAGGUAUCGCAACCAUUCAUCGACACGGAUGAGUAUCUUUCGGCGGAAGUACGUUGCACAGCGACCGGUUACCCAACGCCUAGCAUCACCUGGGAGCGCGUCGAUCAGCCACUGCCAUACAACUCCAUGACCGAGUACGGUUUGCUACGGUUUACGUCCUUGCGACAGAACGAUGCCGGCACGUAUCGCUGCAUCGCCCGGAACGAUGUCGGGGAAUCAGACAUACUGGUGAUGGUGUAUGUACGCCCAUCUGGUACGCCAACUAGGCCGCCAUCGUCCUCGGUCGAUGAAGAACGUGUGCAAAUCAUGCCAAGCAGCUACGACGGACAGCCAGGCGAGCAGGUCCGUCUCAUUUGCCAGUGUUCGCCGAAUGCACGGGUUACCUGGAGCAAGCAAGGUGAAUCACGGCUUCCGGACAACGCGAACGUUCGCAAUGAGAUCCUGAUCAUCGAACAUGCGUCCCAGGAGAAUUCGGGUCGGUACAGCUGUACCGCGUUCUUCCCGAACGGACAAGUCAAAAUGUCAACCGUUGAUGUGGUGAUUUCCGACCGUGGCAUGCCUCCAUCCUCGAACAAGGUGGCACCUCGCGUGAAUCCAUUAAACAAAAACUACGUCGUGCUGCAGGGUGCGGACUUCUCGUUGUCCUGCGAAGCGACCGGCACGCCUUUCCCAAUUGUGAAAUGGACAUUGAGUGGCAAACCGUUCGAGAGUAACGUCCAACAAAAUGGCAACGUACUGCGCAUCUUUAAUGCACAACCCAGCAACGGUGGUGUGUACAUCUGCGUAGCAAGCAACGAAGAAGGCAUGGAUCGUGCUUACACCGUCGUGGAAAUCGAUCGCCGUGAAAAGCCCGUGCUAGAGAUAUAUCCAAGCGAACCGCAGACGAUCAAGGUUGGCGAAUCGGUGCGGUUGAGCUGCCGUGCCUCGGCCGGUAUACCGUACCCGAAGAUAUCGUGGGUCCGUAAAGAUCGAAUGCCAUUAUCAACGCGCUUCUCGAACGAUGCUGAGGGUGUCAUCACGCUGCGUGAGGCCACGCUUGAAGACGCCGGUGAGUUCGAGUGUCGUGCGGAUAAUGUAGCCGGUUCGGCCAUCAUUGCCACGACCAUCGAGGUGUUGCAGCCGCCGAUCAUCACGCUCGAACCAAACGAGUACCACAAAAUCACGGAGAAUGACGAUUUCACGAUACGCUGUACGGCCACGGGUAAACCCGCACCGAAGGUCACCUUGAUACCACCGCAGGGAACCAUGCGGGUACACUAUAAGCAACGUACCGAAGGAUUACGAGAGGCCAGUCUGCAACUGCACCGGGCUGAACCGAACGAUGCAGGCACAUACGAGUGUAAAGCGGAGAACGCGGCAGGUGAAGAUUCCCAGUUCCUGACGCUGCAGGUGGACCCGAAACGUGGUGACGUCGGUGGACAUGAUGACGAUUACGAUCAGCACUACCGGCCACGUCCUCAACCACCGCGUCCGUUACCACCCGGUCAACCUUCCCGACCGUUAGUCCACACGUACAAGGCUAACCUGGGCGAGAUAACGCACCUGGUAUGCAACGAGCAAUUCAUGAAUGCCCAAACGGAAUGGCGUCGUAGUGACGGACGUCCGCUGCCAAAUGGCGCCCAAGUAGAAGGUGGUAGUCUUCGUAUCGACAACACAGGUUACGACGCGCAAGGCACGUACGACUGUGUGGUGUUCUCGCCUUCCUUGGAACAAGAAACCAUGGUUCGUAUAGUUGUGGAAGUAGUUGCACCGCCAAAGAUCAGCUUUAGUCCGCCGAUGCCGAUGACAGUACGCCCAGGCGAGGUGGUGGACAUCUUCUGCAAUGUUACGGGCGACCCGCCGAUUACGGUUCGAUGGCACGCGGAACACGGCCGUCUGCCAAAUAGUGUGGAAGUGAUGGAUGAAUAUUUGCGAUUCCACAGUAUCGCACCGGAAGACGCUGGACGAUACUUCUGCACAGCUUCAAAUCGGCACGGCAACACGACGAAAGUCGCCGAAGUGAUCGUUAACCGAAAUGAACUUGUACCACACCCAACAGACAAUGGCAAGCGUCAUCAUGAUGUUGCAUAUGGAUCAUCCAUCCAGCUGGAAUGCAAGCCGCCUCCAGAUGCUCCCUACGUCAACGUGCAAUACGACUGGAGCCGUUUGGAUCGACCGCUGCCCCGAGGAACACCGGCCAAUAGCAAGAUGCUGUAUUUCCGUAAUGUCGGGGACAACGACGCUGGAACCUACGUGUGUCGCAUGACGUACCCGGGAGGCAUGGUGUCGCAUGAUUAUGUAACGCUAUCCAUCAAGGCUCCAGAAUCGCUACCAGUUCUUCAGCUGCAACCGUCCCGAUCGCUGAUCCGACCAGGCGAAUCGCUCGUAGUCGACUGUAACUCAUCCGCCGGAACAUCCGUUCCGAUCCGCUGGGAAAAGACCAACGGAGACUCGCUACCGUACCACAUGCGCCAAGAUGGAAACCGACUCUACAUCCAGAAUGCACGCGAGGACGACACUGGCACGUACACAUGCGUCUGCUACACCGAGGAUGGUCUUCGAUACAUCACGGACUUCCAGCUGGAGGUGGAAGAAAACAUGAUCCCCGACAGUCUACCGCGCAGUACAUCGCGUGUAGAGUUCGCAGAGCGUGGCAUGACCGUAAAGCUGCAGUGUAACACGGAUCUUCACCCAACGUCCUACCAGUGGUCACGGGUUGAUGGAGAACUUCCCACGGAUCGGGACACACGCGGAUCUGUCCUGACACUUACGAACCUGCAGGCUUCGGACGCCGGAAAGUACGUUUGUUCCGCCAAACACGCCGGCCAGUCAGUGAACGUGGUGAUCACGCUCGUCGUGAACAACGUGAUUCCGUUCUUCCCGCAGUCACCGAGAAGCUACAUGGAGUUUAAGUCGUUCGACAACGUGUACUCGAAGUUCUACUUUGAGGUUUCCUUCAAGCCGGAAAAGAUGAACGGUCUCAUACUGUACAGCUCGCAGCGCCGUCCGAACCAGGACUACAUCGCACUAUCGCUGCGCAAUGGAUUCCCACAGUUCCGGUUCAACUUUGACGGCCAGCAGGUGGUGCUGCAACCGGAAAAACCGAUCCGCAUGGGCGAGUGGCACACGGUUAAGGUGAACCGGGUGCGCAACAAUGGAUUCCUGCUCGUCGACGACCAAACGCCGGUCAACUUCCCCGAGAAGCUCAAGUUUUAUGGGCUUAAUCUGGACGAUCACCUGUUUAUUGGUGGCGUGCCGAACUUCGAGCACGUGCCCUCGUCAGCGAUGGAAUCGAAGGAAGGCUUCGUUGGUUGUAUCAGCCGGUUGAAGCUGAACGAGCGCGAGGUACAGCUGUACCAGGAUGCGCUGGAAUCCGUGGGCAUAACGACGUGCGAACCGUGUGCUGAUGAUCCGUGUAGUAAUGCCGGAACGUGCUUGGAGGCGCAAACCGCCCAUGGGUAUAGCUGUCUCUGCCGGGAUGGGUACACGGGCAAGAACUGCCAGCACGAGGGUGCAGGAUGUGGUGAGGACACGUGCGGUGUUGGGCGCUGUGAGGAGAUGGAUAGCGGACCGGAGUGUUACUGUCCGGUGCACAAAACCGGCGAUCGUUGUCAGUACACGGAACACUACACGGAUGCGACGCUUGCCUUUAAGGAUGGUAGCUAUGCGGCGUACGACAAAUUCCAAUCCAAGCGUAGUAUUCGGUUCCGCUUCAAGCCCGACUCGCUAGAGAAUGGCGUUAUGGCUUACGCAGCUGAGCAAGAGCAAGGAUACGGUGACUUUAUGGCGGUGAUUCUGAACAACGGCUUUGUCGAGCUGCGCUACAGUGUAGCCGGAAAAACGAAACCACUGAUCGUGCGAUCGACGGUGCCAAUUCAGGUUGGCCAAUGGCACACGGUUUCGGCGGGACGCGUCAAGAGCGGUAUCGGAUACCUGCAGGUUGAUGACGAAGCGGUCAUCAACGAAACGGCCAGCCGCAAUACGCCGAUCUUGCUGAAAACGAAGGUGUACGCCGGUGGCUACGAUAAACGAUUGUUCCUUAGCCAGGAGAUUGGCGUCCGACGAGGAUUCGAGGGUUGCAUCGCUGAGCUGGAAACGUCCGGCAACAAGGUGAACAUGAUCGACGACAUCCGGGACUCGGCGAACGUGUACCAUUGUGGGCACGCGGAUGCCCACCAACCGGAUCCGGGCGCGGAUGACGGUCCACUCACGUGUCGCCCGGGACGUGGCGGAUACGACUGUGAAACCAUCACCGAUAUCUGCCUCGACCAGAGACCGUGCGAGAACGGUGCCCUCUGUCAAACGCACUCGGGUGGCCAAAAUUACACCUGCACCUGCCAGCCAGGAUAUCUAGGGUUACGGUGCGAAACCGAGUACAAGACGAUCGUCGCGUCCCGUUUCAACGGGGACGGUUUCGUCGAGAUCAGCUCGGACGCGUUGGAAAAGGGCGAAAACCAGCUAACGACCGAGCUGGCCAUCAUGUUCAGUGCGUACGAACAAAACGGGCUGCUAAUUUGGUACGGACAGCGCAACGACGAGGAGUUCCUUGGCCACGAUUACAUCGCGCUGGCCAUCCAGAACGGGUUCGUCGAGUUGACGAUCCGCAUGGACGGACAGGAAUCGUACGUACGCAAUAACGACGUGUACGUGGUCGAUAAUGAGCGGCACGUGGCCGUCAUCCGGCGUGAACGCAACCAGUUCCACCUGCAGGUUGACUCGAUGACCGUUCACGGUGAGACGCGUCCAACCGACAAACCGACGAUGUUCCUUCCAGGCAACGUUUACAUCGGUGGCGUGCCGGACAUCGAGCGUGUCACUGGCAAUCGGUACAACGAAAGCUUCAACGGAUGCGUAUUCAGCGUGGAGAACGUCGAGCACGGCAAAACGAUCGAGCUGCGUGAUUACGCCAUCCGUACGGUCAACGUUGACGUGUGCGAUGAACCCAACCUAGGAACGGAACCGCCCGUUGUCUAAGGGCAUGGGGCAGUGGCUGUCGUCAAAAGGGAUUGCACCUGCCAGCAGCAAUGGCCGGUGAGCCCCGGAAACCAGCGCCUGGUGAGUGGCGGCGUGUGGAGCCCAGUUACACACAACACAACGUAGACGUUAAAGAAAAGAAAAAAAAGUAACACAUAUAGAGGAACAGGAAAACGCACAAACGCAUACCCUAAAACGUAUGUAUCGUAUACCUAGAGAAACGCGGGAGAUUGUGCGAGCGUAAAAAAGAAAAGAGUUAAGAACCGAAACAAGCAAACAAACAAACAAACAGAUAAGCAUACAGUAACGCGUACAGUAACGAACAACGAAUGUGCCAAAUAAUUGUAGUAUUUAUGUAAAGAGAAGGAGAGAAAGAGAGUGAAAGGAAGGAAAAACACAAGAGGGACAAAAAGCACACAGAAAAGGAGCGCACAGUAAAGUCAAGCGCAGGUGGCGUCCGAGUGUCCAAACCAGUGGACCAAAGAAGUGCACCUAAUGAUUAUUGCGCUUUUUUUUUUCUUCUAACAUCCUUACACAUCCCUUUUGGUCCGUACGAUCGGUGCCGCAUCAUUCGCGUUAGUCCCGCACGCCCGGAAGCCGAUAUGAUGGUGCAUGUGCUGGCUUUUGUGACGCUGCGGAUGGACACACACAAAAACCACCCUACGUUUGUUGAAUAUGGUUAGCUGGCUACCGGGCGUCCACGGGUUUGCCGACAUCCCGGAAUGGGGACGUUUUUUUUUGCUUUAAGGAAACGCAACUGAUUUGCAAAGUGUUCAUUUCUGGAGAGAGAAAAAACCACCGGACUCACCAGCCGGAAGAGUGGUCGCUAACACGUGAGACGAGGCUUCUCGUUCGCGAUCGUAAUCUCAAAUCGUUCAUUUUCUUUUUUCGCGUCACACAACUAAUAACUGCCCGAGCCAACACAAUGGACUUCAAUUCAAUUUUACGCUGUAAGUGCUUUCUGUAUGUUUAUGUUUAAGAGAGACGAAAUCAAACUAUGACGAAAAUAUAACCACUUGUGUGAGAGCAAGCUCCUCUGUGGUUUGCGGUGGUAGAGCGCUGGCGUCACAACAGUUUAUUUUCCUAUCGAUUAUGACAAUAAAAAAAAACCACGAUUAGUCAAUGUAAAAUGACCAGUAAACCAGAG